GGCAGGUAUAUAGAGUUGGGUUCCGCCCAGUUGUGUGAAUGCCCUUAAGAGAGUUGGAAUAGUUUCUCGCAAGCUGUAAGGGGAUAGCACUGGAAGGAGCUAACAACCCAGAUCUCUCUGGACCUCUCAAUCCACACAACGAGAUGCAUUCGCCUCAAGCUUUCAGCAGCUUCCUCAAAAAGAUGGGUAAAUCACACAGUCGGGUCCCGGUGCUGAGGAGAAUCCCACUGCCAGCCAUUGGGAUCAUUCUUUUGAUUGCGAUUGCGAAUAUCCUGGUUUGGAUCGCAGCAGGUGUUGUUUUACAUUUCAAUCCAUCUUUGGUAUCAACAGCAGUAUUGUCGUAUACCCUGGGUCUAAGGCAUGCUCUUGACGCGGAUCAUAUAUCAGUACGUGCAUAGGCGUCCGGCCAUUGAUCUCAUGACCCGCCGGCUCUUAGCUACAGGCCAACGGGCAGUAACUGUGGGAACCUUUUUCUCUCUCGGCCAUUCAACGAUCGUUAUAAUAACUUCUAUUGUCGUAGCUGCCACCGCAGCAGCCGUGUCCUCUAAAUUUGAUGCGUAUGGCAAGGUUGGAGGGAUCAUUGGAAGCUCAGUCAGCUCCGCAUUCCUCAUACUUCUAGGAAUCAUGAAUGCCUAUAUUCUGUAUAAAUUAAUCCAGCAGAUAAAAAAGGCCCUAAAAACCAAGCAAGGAGCGGAAGAGAUUUGGAAAAUUGAGGGAGGCGGGGUCUUGUUCAGAGUUUUGAAGGCGAUGUUCAAGUUAAUUAACCGCCCAUGGAAGAUGUAUCCUUUGGGAGUUCUUUUCGGUCUUGGUUUCGACACCUCUUCGGAAAUUGCGUUGCUUGGUAUCUCUUCAGUCCAGGCAGCUAAAGGAACGAGCAUCUGGGUCAUUUUGAUAUUUCCUAUCUUGUUCACAGCUGGGAUGUGUCUCAUUGACACCAUCGAUGGUGCCCUGAUGCUGUCUUUAUACAUUCAACCAGCAACGCACUUCCUUCCCUCCUCUUCUCCGUCCUCCCCAUCCUCAGCUCCCGUUCCAGGGACCACUGCGGGGCCACAAGCGAUUUCCCGUAGUCCCCGGGAUCCGAUCGCGUUCCUUUACUACUCCAUCGUAUUGACGUGUUUGACUGUCAUUGUCGCCGUAGUAAUCGGCGUCCUCCAGCUUUUAACCCUCAUUCUCAAUGCUGCAGAACCAGAGGGGAGAUUCUGGGACGGCGUGGAAACUGCCGGGGAGUAUUAUGAUGUUAUAGGUGGUGCAAUUUGUGGAUGCUUUAUCAUUAUUGGUGGUAUUAGUGUGUUGGUGUAUCCAAAUUGGCGGCAGUGGGCGGCUAGGAAAUACGCGACCCACGAUGGCCCUGAUGAGAUUAUCGACGAUGUUGAACGCGGAGGUGGGUCUACCCCGCCAUCCCAAACCCGUUCUGAUAUCACCAAGGAUGGCACAGUCAUUAAUACAAAGAGUCACGAGCCAAAUACCAAGUGAGGAUCCGUGGCCGUGCUAUGGAUAUACUUCCGAGAUAUCGCGUGGACUCAGGUGAAAUGACUCGUUGAACACUUCAUUUUGCCUGCUUGAUAACGGACAAUUCUCAAGACUCGAACAAGAAAUACCUGGAUCAAUUCGUUGCUUAAAUGAUGAGUAGCAUCAUCUGAAUACUGGAGCACUUUAUUGGAUUUUCCAGUCAGAUCUAGCCAGGGAUGAUUAACAGACGAGGGAUAGUUCUAUAGAAGAGGAUAAAUACAAGU